AUGACCAAGCGUUCCCUUCCGCUCAGCCAUGUGUUGAGCAAACUACGUAAAGAACCGUCCAACAUAUUAAAAAUCGCCUCUUUCAAUAUGGAGAAGCGACCUCGACAUGAAUUUGUGUGUACACUAGCACGCAAAUUUGACAUUUUCCUAAUUCAAGAAUUCGUGGGCAGCACUGACAAUUAUACCACCUAUCAACAAUUUUCAACCUCCCACAACUACCAGUUCUAUUCAUCUCCAUCCUUGAGCCGUACAAGGGCCAAUCACUUACUUGACCCUCAACUCAUGCCCCAGACGGGUAUUUUUCUUAAUCUCAAGAAAUGUUCAGUGAUCAGUCAGAAUGAGAUCACACAGAAGAUCCAGCCACAAAUAUACUGUAACGACAUCCGGAUUCGGCUUCCAACAGGCGAGAUGGUUUUGAUUGUGAACGCAUAUCUCCCAUCCCAACCUAAAACAGCCCAGGUUAUCAUCCUUCAACAACUUCUUCCUCACCUCCAGGAUUUGCAAACAGCAUAUCCCGAUCUUAAGGUCAUUUUCGGGGGUGACAUGAACCAUUCCAUGGAGCGAACACCUAGUCUGGAGCAACGCCUGGUGUCGAGUACUCUCGAUAUCCUUGCGGCGCUUGACCUUGUCGACAUUGGGAUCUGCAACCCAACAGUUUUCACCCUUCCUACAAACCACGGUACACUGCCUCGCCGUAUUGAUCGAAUCUAUGUUCCCACACUGUGGCAACCUCGAGCCUUUCAAUACCAGCUCUGGAGACCACGCGGCAUCACUUCAUCCCAUUCAUUAAUAGCAGCCCACUUAGUCAUUGAUAUGAACCCGACAAACACAUUUGGUCUUCGCCGCUUCCAAUAUCCCCUUGGCCGGCUCCUGCCUUUGUAUGAAACGCAGGGCCAGAUCACGGUGAAUCCUGACGGUACAUUAGACGAGGCGAUUGCUGCUAUCACGCAAGAAGGCCUCGAAUAUAUCCAACUUCAUCGAACUCUAAGACGGAUUGAUCCGGAAUUUGCCAGAUCAGUUCGCGAUACGAGCACGGAACACUUAGAAGACUCGGCAGAAGCAUCACUACGGUCCUUCUUUCAGUAUAAGUCACACUCAGCAAUGGUGUUCCAUGACUUGACAAAUGUUGCACAAGGUACUCGGGCCAACACAAACGCGGAUAUGCUUCGAAUGGUCACAAGCUAUUACAAAGCACUUUAUAGUGAACCCACUCCUGGACUCACAGAUCGUGCUCUCAAAGACUAUCUAGGACAGAUAAAGGUGAGCCUUUCCGCACAACAAGCGGAACAGCUUGACCGCCCUUUCACCCAAGAAGAACUCACUGUGGCUCUCAAACUAUGCAACCAUGGCACAGCCCCGGGCCCCGAUGGAAUUCAAUAUUCAGUCCUCAGAUAUCAUUGGAAACAGUUCUGCCCAGUUCUCGUCCGUACUGGAAAUGAGCUUUUGCAGACAGGGAUGAUGCCGGACGCCUUUCGUGAAGUCCUCAUCACACUAAUCCCCAAACGCCACCAUUCAGCUUCCACUGAUGUGACGCAUUACCGCCCAAUACUGCUCAUCAAUUGCUGUCUCCGAGUUGUUAGCCAAGCUGCUAAUACCCGGAUACAAUCUAUUGCUGAUACUCUUAUUGGUCCUAAUCAACGGGGCUUCAUGAGCAACAGACGUAUGGACGAAAAUCUUAUGGAAACACGCACCCUUCUCAACCUUAUUAAGGAAGCGUACCCGAAAGAUGAUGCAUCUGCACCAGAACGAACCAUUCUUAUGGCCGACUUUAACAAAGCAUUUGACCGAGUCUCCCACCGAUAUAUUCGCCAGGUUCUCUGCCAUAUGGGGUUUGGACCUCGCAUGACGUCCUUCCUUAUGCUGAUAACGUCCGGCCAAAUCGGUCGGAUCACUAUCAACAACUAUGUUGGUCGGUCUUUCCCACUUCUCAGCGGUGUUCGCCAAGGCAACCCUGUGUCUCCCAUUCUCUUUAAUCUCGCGAUUGAGCCUCUUCUAUGUCGCUUACAACAAAAUUUGAUUGGCAUCCCAAUCGAAUAUGAUCCCUUGCAAAUCACGAUCAUGAAGUAUCAUGCCUUCGCUGAUGAUGUUAACAUCUAUCUUGGCGAUGUUCGUGAUUAUGCGACCACCGCCGCGGAACUUGGCUUGUUUGAGAAAGCGAGCAGUAGUCUUGUAAAUACUGACAAGUCAGUCCUUUAUGGGACUCUGCCCGGCUUCCAGCAAGGUCAUGAUCCAUUUCUCCCUUACCCACGUAAGCAUUUGUGGACCCGGAAGGCUGAUAGCUCUUUAGAGUUCACUGAUACGACUUACCUCGGUAUCCCACUUAAUGGUGUUCUAUGGGACAGUUAUCUUCGUACCCUUCCUUUUCUUUGUAAAACUCAAGCGUACCAACUGCUCCGUCUUUGCGUCCGUGCCAUGGGUACCAAUAUCUACGUUCACUCCAAGUUGCCUUUUCGAGAUCUUCAUACACCAAUGCCAUCCCGGCCUCUUAACCGUGUUAAGUUCGCCAUUUCUAAGGUUUUUUACGGCAUUUCACUCAAAAAGUUAUACACCCCCCUCAAAAGGGAGGGUAUGGUCUAA